AAAAUAUACCAUGAGUUUCAAGACGAGUAGAGAAAUUCGUGGUGGUCGAAACUCCACUACAGAGAAAGCCCACAUCGGCAGGCCCUCUGAUGCGGUUACACAGGACAAUGUCAAAACUACAUGAAAUGAAGCUGGAUGACUGGAAAGAGGAAGUGGAGCUCGAGCUAAAAGAUAUCACAAGUACUGAGCUCAUAUGCCAUGGUUCGGACAGAUGAAAAAGAUAUUCUGUAACUGGGAUCUCAUUCAAGGCUAAAUACCCUAGCGCGAGUGUACUUCGGAAGUGUUGUUGGAUAUGCUGAUGUUGGUUCGGUUUUGGAACCUUGUACUUUAAUCUGUUCCCAAAGCUCAACCCACUCCUGAGAAAUCAAUGCAAUCAUCAUCACCGCGCUAUUGGUGACAAGCAUAUCCAACAGUCACCAGAAAACGUCACCCUGUCCGACGGUGUUCAAUUACGAUGAACAGGAAGAUAACCAAAACACUUGGUACGGAACGAUGCGAUUGAAAACCAACGUACCUCUGCACGGGAUAUUCAUCGACGUGAUCUUCGAUGGUCAGAUUUACGUAUUCGGGGCUUACUUCAAAGAUGUCACAACUAAGGAUAACCAAAACUUCCACAUCGAGGACAAAUCGUACCGACUGAACGCUGGCGAAACAUUGAUAUUGAAAUUUUACGUUAAACACUCGGAUUACGAGCGAAUUCCGCAACUGCACCAAAUUCGUUUCAAUGGGCAGAACAUUUGCGUUGAUGUGCCCACCGUAAGACCGGUUACCGAUCAACAUGUUAAAACAAGUGUGGUGAGCUCCUCGCAUGAUCGACCGGUAGUCUAUCCUGGUGAAACGGUUAGGCGUGAAAGUCAACCAAAAACCAAUGACAGCAAACAUGAUAACGGUGUAGUUCAUUCUGUUCAACCAAUUAACUCGGUCGUUUAUCAUAGUCCUGAUGACCUUUCUACUAACACGCACGUCUUUUUUGCCUCCCUUGACAAAUCUUUUCAUUCCAUUAAGUCUUCUCAUGAGGAGACCGGUUCCGCUAAAGCCCUCCCGGAGUUACAGCAAGAUCCUUUAAACGUUAAACCAAGAUUUUCAGAUUCAUCCAACAUUUCUAAUGAAUCUAGCAGUAAGCGGAAACAGCAAUCUCACAUCCCCAAAAUCCCAUUUGACUACGAUCCAAUACAGGAUCCUACAAUUUGGAGAAAACCUCCGAAUAGUCAGUAUUCGACUGAGAGAUCUAUUCCCAAGCCAACCAAGCAAUCGACAUCUAGCUACGAACCGUCUCGGGAGAAUAACUUCGCUGUUGGUCGAACUACUAAAGCUCCAGAUGAUCAUCAAUCUAGCAGAGAGUAUCGAACGAGUUCACCGAUAGAAGCCGUUUCGUAUGCUGAAGAAGAUACAUACAAACGGGUGAAAACUUCAACUGCGAAACCAAGCUAUUUUCAGGGAGACUACGCUUUUAUUCAGAACGUCGAAAGCUCAACACACCACAUUAACUCCUACGACGAGGACAUCUGUGGCACGAUCGUACCGAAGGCUAAUCCACUGGUAACCCACGGAUCACCGGCUAAUCAUGCACAAUUCCCAUGGCACGGAGCUCUCUACCGAUCAUCGAUUACCGAGCUGAAGUACCUUUGCGGGGCGACAUUGAUUUCUGCCCGGUUUUCCCUAACAGCAGCGCAUUGUGUGGCACUGGAGAAAUCUCGGCAACCGGUGGAAUCCGGUAGUUUGCUGGUUUACUUCGGUAAGACAAACCUAAAGCAAUGGAACGGACCCGAACAGGAUGCUAAAAUCGAUCGGGUGCUGAUUCACCCGGAUUACAAUUACGAACGGUUCUUUGCCGACAUCGCUCUGUUAAAACAAAAGGACGAUGUUAGAUUUAGUCACUUCGUACGGCCGGCUUGUCUCUGGAACUUUGACGAAGACUACAAGAUACUGAUCAACAAGGUUGGCUUUGUUCCCGGUUGGGGUUACAACGAGAAGGGACUGGUAAGCGAACAACUGUCCUUCGCACAGAUGCCGGUGGUUGCUCACGAGACGUGCAUUUGGUCGAAUCGAGAUUUCUUCAGCAAAGUGACUUCCAACACCUCCUUCUGUGCUGGUUUCCGUAACGGAACGUCCGUUUGUAAUGGAGAUAGCGGUGGUGGAAUGGUAUUCAAGCAAGGCAAUCGGUGGUUCCUGCGGGGAAUUGUUUCGGUUAGUGCUGCUCUGCAGAAUAAGGUCAGCUGCGAUCCGAAUCAUUACGCCGUGUUUACGGAUGUGGCCAAGUUUUUGAGGUGGAUCAACAGUUAUAUGUAGAAAUAAACUACGCGUUAGAUCUUUAAUUGUUAAAAAAUAUAUAGUGUUGAAUUGAAUAAAUGUUUUAAAUCGUUGAAAACAA